UAGUCCGACAAGGCGCAUGCGCGAGCCUUGGUCCCUGUACAGCCUGAGAAAUUACCCAGCAGCCCUUCGCGGUCGGACUGUCUUGGUGAACCUUCUGGGUGGCUCUGGAGCCGCCAUGGGGAAGGUAAAUGUAGCCAAGCUGCGUUACAUGAGCCGAGAUGACUUCAGGGUUUUGACGGCGGUUGAAAUGGGUAUGAAGAACCAUGAAAUAGUUCCCUGCAGUUUGAUUGCUUCUAUUGCCAGCCUGAAACAUGGUGGCUGUAAUAAAAUUUUAAGAGAAUUAGUGAAACAUAAACUCAUAGCUUGGGAACGUACCAAAACUGUCCAGGGAUAUCGAUUGACAAACGCAGGCUAUGAUUACCUAGCUUUGAAAACACUUUCUUCUAGACAGGUAGUUGAGUCUGUUGGAAACCAGAUGGGUGUUGGCAAAGAAUCAGAUGUUUACAUUGUUGCAAAUGAAGAAGGACAGCAGUUUGCAUUAAAGCUUCAUAGACUAGGAAGAACCUCUUUCCGAAAUCUGAAAAACAAGCGUGAUUACCAUAAGCACAGGCAUAAUGUUUCUUGGCUUUAUUUGUCUCGUCUCUCUGCCAUGAAGGAAUUUGCUUAUAUGAAGGCAUUACACGAUAGAAAAUUUCCAGUUCCAAAGCCAAUUGAUUAUAAUCGCCAUGCUGUGGUCAUGGAGCUCAUAAGUGGUUAUCCCCUAUGUCAAAUACACCACAUUGAAGAUCCUGCAUCAGUAUAUGAUGAAGCGAUGGAACUCAUUGUCAAACUUGCAAAUCACGGGCUGAUUCAUGGAGAUUUCAAUGAAUUCAAUCUCAUAUUGGAUAAAGAUGACCAUAUUACCAUGAUUGAUUUUCCACAAAUGGUUUCAACUUCUCAUCCCAAUGCUGAAUGGUAUUUUGACAGAGAUGUUAAAUGCAUCAGAGAUUUCUUCAUGAGACGUUUUGGCUAUGAAAGUGAGCUUUAUCCAGCCUUUAGUGAUACUAGGAGGGAGGAGUCUCUUGAUGUUGAGGUUUCUGCCAGUGGUUAUACAAAGGAAAUGCAGGCAGAUGAUGAACUUUUACAUCCAGUAGGUCCAGAUGAUAAAAACACUGAAACAGAGGAGGGAUCCGAUUUCUCCUUUUCUGAUGAUGAAGUGUCAGAAAAUGCAAAAGUUUGUGGGUCAGAAGUUGAAAGUGAACAGUAUGCUGUAGAUGAAUCAAGAGGCUGCUACUCUACCUCAGACCAUGAACAGGUAAAAGAAGACAGCUUAUCAGAAGAGAGUGCCCACUCAAAAAAUUUUGAAAUGACUGAAUUCAGUCAACCUUUAGAAGAAAUAAAAGGGCAGAUUGUUGAAAGCAGUUGUACAACUGAGUUUUCUGAGGAGAACAGAAAUGAAAAUGACACCAUGCGAGAAGGCCAGACAAGUCAGGGAGGAAGCCCUGCUGGCUCUGAGGAGGAUGACGAUGACUGCCCUUGUCUCAUUAACCUGUCGUCAUUAAACAAAGAGUUCAGGCCUUUCAGAGAUGAAGAAAAUAGGGGAAAUAUUGAUCAAUAUAGAACAAGAACUCUGAGUGUUACUUCUGCAGGCAGUUUUGUAAGCUGUUCAACAAUUCCUCCAGAAUUGAUAAAACAGAAGGUGAAACGUCAGUUAACAAAACAGCAAAAAUCAGCUGUCAGACGUCGACUGCAGAAAGGAGAAGCAAAUAUAUUUACUAAGCAACGGAGAGAAAACAUGCAAAAUAUUAAAUCAAGUUUGGAAGCAGCCAGCUUUUGGGGAGAAUAAUAUAUUAAGAUAUUGAAUAUUUCUAUUAUAUAUUUUUUUCAAGUUACUGUAACUCUUUUCAGCACCUUUUGUCUGUUUUGGGCCAAGGCCAGUACAUAGUAGGUAAAUAAACCCACCUUUGUCUAUAAAUUUGA